AUUGUGGGGAGGGAGUUAUUAAUUUUCGUAAAUUUCGUCAAUCAGGAAAGACAAAACAAAACCCUUUCUCUUCCUUAUUUGUCUCUUUCUUUUCUGUGCAACAAAACCCCGCGCAACUAACUUCUCACUCACUCUUCAUUUGAUUACACUUCAUGAUGGAUCCUGAUGUUGUUGAAAUUCCUCCUCCACUUCACCAAAAACCUUCCAGAUUCAAAAAGCAGAAACAACAGAUCGUUUUCCAUGAUGUGAUUGACCUUGAAGGCGAUGACGAUUUAGUGGUACUUGGCGAAACAUCUCGUAAAAGUAAAAGAAAUAAGGGGAAGGCAGUGGAAACCAUUCACGGGGGUUAUGGUGAUCAUCAAGUUGUGCCCAGCUUCGGAAAAUCUGGAAUUCAAUCUUCUAAUGGUCAGCCUUUGGUAUCACAGAAUUUAAUCAAUGUUGGCGGCCAAAGUUCCAAUCCAUUGUUCGUUGAAGAUGACUACCUUUAUAAGUUUAAAGAUGAUUAUAUGGAUGAAGAUGAGUAUGCUUUAUUAUUACAGGCACAGUUUGAUAACGUGAAUCUACCUACUGGAAUUGAGACGCCGUUUACAUUGUUGCCAGAAUAUGGAUCUAAAAUGGGUAAUUCUAGUUUGCAAAUCAAAACGGAUAAUGUUGAUCGAUUUGGGCUUGACUUGAGUGCUAAGAAAGGAUCUAGCAGUAGCAGUUCAUUUCAUUCAAGUUUCGUUGGACAAAAUGGAUCAUUGUAUCCUCAGGGAAUAGAAUCCGGAAACCCUUGGUUGAAUAGUUCUUAUAAUUUUGAUCCGCCUUUUGAGCACGGGCAUGGCAAAUCUGCCACAUCCGGCCAUAAUGGAGCAUCUGUGGCUUCCCCUGGUUUGACGACAAUCACCGAUGAAACCAAAAAUGAAACUCUGAGGAAAUUUCAAAAUUUUAAGCAAUUUGACACUGUCGAUGAUGCUUCCGACCAUCACUUUGUUCACCAAAAUUCCUCUACCAAGCAAAAUCCAAAGAAUUGGGCAAAAAAAAUCCAGGGAGAGUGGAAGAUUUUGGAGAAGCAUUUGCCGGAUACAAUAUUCGUGAGAGUCUUCGAAUCAAGGAUGGAUCUCUUGAGGGCUGUGAUUAUUGGAGCAGAAGGGACUCCUUACCACGACGGUCUUUUCUUUUUCGAUGUUUUAUUUCCUAGUGGCUAUCCCAAUGUACCCCCGCAAGUCCACUAUCAUGCUGGAGGUCUUCGGCUUAACCCGAAUUUGUAUGGGAAUGGCAAUGUAUGUCUCAGUCUACUUAACACCUGGUCUGGCAGUAGGAAUGAGAAAUGGACUCCAGGUGUUUCAACAAUGCUACAGGUUCUAGUCUCCAUACAAGGUCUGAUCUUGAAUGCAAAGCCUUACUUUAAUGAACCUGGAUAUGCAAGUACGAGUGGCACACAAAAUGGUGAAGCGCAGUCCCUGAAGUAUAAUGAGAAUACAUUCAUUCUAUCAGUGAGGACAAUGAUGUAUACGAUGAAAAAGCCUCCAAAGAAUUUUGAAAACCUUGUUGUGGGACAUUUCUACAGCCGAGCACACGAUAUUCUGGCGUCAUGUAAAGCUUACAUGGAAGGUGUUCAGCUGGUUGGUUGUUUUGUGAAAGGUGGGGUUCGAGAUGUUAAGAAGCGUGGACGAAAAGGCUCAGAUAGAUUUAAGGCUGCUUUACUUGAAUGUGUCAAGCUUCUUGUCCAAGAUUUUGAAAAAAUUGGAGUUAAGGACUGUCAGAAAUUCAUGUCUCCAACUUCUCUGAAACAGACAACUCAGAAAACCUAUAUGAAACCGACUACUUCGAAACCAACUCCUCUAAAACCGGCUCCUCCGAAACCGCGUACCACUGGCGGUACCAAGUGGUUAAAUUUUUAAGUUCUCUAAUUCCUAUCAAUGAACCUUUUAUUUUUUUGAAAACCCAAUUGAGACUACUAAAGGCUUUAUUA